CAAGGCGUCAUCUUCCAUCUUCCAUCUUCCAAUCAUCCUUAAAAGAAAUCUCCGGUGAUGGCGACAGCGAGAGUGCUCGCCGCGAUAUUCCUCCUGGUGGCGGUGUACUGUGCUGUAGACCCAUUCAACCACAGCGCAUUAUCGGGCCUCCCGGACUUCCAAGCCUACAAAGUAGACCUGCCGCCGUGGUCCGAGCUCCCGGUGGAAAAGGACACUCAGAAUCUGCUUCAGAAGUCGGAGCUCAAGUUCUUGAACCAAAUUCAAGGCCCGGAGAGCAUCGCUUUCGACCCCCAGGGCCGCGGGCCCUACACUGGCGUCGCCGACGGGAGGGUUCUGUUCUGGAACGGGGAGAAGUGGAUUGACUUUACUUAUACCUCCCCCAAUAGGUCAAGUAUAUGUGAUCCAAAGCCAAACCCAACGCCAUUCAGCUACGUUAAGAAUGAGCACAUCUGUGGCAGGCCUCUGGGGUUACGGUUUGAGAAAAGAACGGGUGACUUGUAUAUUGCAGAUGCGUACUUUGGGUUGAUGAAGGUUGGGCCUGAAGGUGGUCAGGCAAUGCCUCUAACAACAGAGGCUGAAGGAGUUCCUUUUCGAUUCACAAAUGAUCUGGAUGUUGAUGACGAAGGGAACAUUUAUUUUACAGAUAGCAGCAUCAAUUAUCCAAGAAGGAAUUUUUUUCAGCUGUCUUUCUCAGCAGAAGAUACUGGGAGAGUUCUCAAAUAUAAUCAAAGAACAAAAGAAACCACUGUUCUCCUCCGCAAUAUCCAAUUCCCGAAUGGUCUGUCUCUAAGUAAGGACGGGUCCUUCUUUGUAUAUUGCGAAGGUUUAAUGGAAAGGUUGAAGAAGUAUUGGCUGAAAGGCGAGAAAGCAGGGACCUCGGAAGUAAUGGCUGUCGUGCCAGGAUACCCUGACAACAUCAGAGCAAAUGAAAGGGGCGAAUUCUGGGUAGGAAUCCACUGUCGCAGAUCUGUUUACAGUUACAUAUCCGGUUUGUAUCCCAACCUGCGGAAGUUCUUGCUGAAGCUUCCAAUCCCAUUGAAGAUCCAUUACCUCCUCUACAUAGGGGGGCGGCUCCAUGGGACGAUUGUGAAGUAUAGCCCGGAAGGCAAGGUUCUGCGAGUACUGGAAGACAGCCAAGGAAAAGUUGUCAAGGCGGUUAGCGAGGUAGAAGAGAGGGAUGGGAAGCUUUGGAUUGGAAGUGUUUUGAUGCCUUUUAUUGCAGUUUAUCAAUUAGAUUGAACUAUUGAAGCUCCAUUAAUGGCACUUUCUAAUGGAAGAUGGAUUGUACCUUAGGGGUUAGGCCUCCCUAUCCAAUUUUUAGGGUUUAAGUGUAUGCUCCAUUCCUUCAUUUCUAGCUCUGCAUAUUUAUGGUUUUAUAUGAAACAAUGAUGAUGUAUAUACUAUGGAGUAUUCAUCUUCAACAUAUUUCUUGAUGGUUGUGUUUAGCCAUUAGCCAA